GCUACCGGAAUGACACCGUUAAUGUAUGCAGUGAAAGACAACCGAACUUCGCUUUUGGAUAAAAUGAUCGACUUGGGAUCUGACGUUAGUGCUAGAAAUAAUGACAACUACAACGUCUUGCAUAUUGCCGGCAUGUACUCCAGAGAAGAUGUAGUGAAGCUGCUACUAGGGAAAAGAGGAGUAGAUCCAUUUUCGACCGGAGGAUCGAGGCAACAGACGGCCGUCCAUCUGGUAGCCUCGAGGCAAACGGGAACGGCGACCGCAAUCCUUCGGGCUCUUCUCGCCGCCGCGGGAAAGGACAUUCGCCUGAAACCUGACGGGAGAGGAAAGAUUCCUCUACUGUUAGCAGUGGAGGCCGGCAAUCAAUCUAUGUGCAGGGAACUUUUGAGUUCCCAAACGGCGGAUCAACUCAAAUCGGCGUCUGCUAAUGGAGAUACGGCACUCCAUCUGGCUGCGCGCCGAAGGGACAUUGACAUGGUGAGAAUCUUGGUAGAUUACGGUACCAGCGUCGAUCUGCAAAACGGCGAAGGUCAGACGGCUCUACACAUCGCCGCGGCCGAGGGCGAUGAGAUUUUGGUAAAAUACUUUUACGGGGUACGCGCCUCGGCCAGCAUAACCGACAAUCAAGAUCGCACCCCAAUGCAUUUGGCCGCGGAAUACGGGCACGCGAACAUCAUCGAGCUUUUGGUCGAUAAAUUUAAGGCGAGCAUCUUUGAAAGGACCAAGGAUGGAUCGACGCUUAUGCACAUCGCAUCCCUCAACGGACACGCGGACUGCGCGAUGAUGCUGUUCAAAAAGGGCGUCUAUCUUCACAUGCCCAACAAGGAUGGCGCUCGGAGUAUACAUACGGCGGCAAAAUAUGGUCAUAUUGGCAUAAUCAAUACCCUUCUACAAAAGGGAGAAAAAGUGGACGUAACAACUAAUGAAAAUUACACUGCUUUACAUAUUGCGGUGGAAGCCGGAAAACCGCUAGUUGUAGAGACUUUACUAGGAUACGGCGCCGAUGUACAUAUUCAAGGCGGUAAAUUAAGGGAAACAGCUUUGCACAUAGCUGCCCGAGUUAAGGAUGGUGAUAAAUGUGCCUUGAUGUUAUUAAAAUCUGGAGCAGGUCCCAAUAUUACCACAGACGAUGGGCAAACUCCAGUUCACGUUGCUGCCAAAUACGGAAACCUUCACACACUACUUUUACUACUCGAUGAUGGAGGAGACCCCCAGUUCAAGAAUAAGAACGCCGAAACGCCCCUGCAUUUGGCGUGUAGAGGGUGUAGGCCAGACGUCGUGCGACAUCUAAUUAAUUACAUAAAACAAAAUAAGGGUAACGAGGUAGCUGCGCAAUACGUGAAUGAAGUUAACGAUAACAACGAGAGCGCCCUACAUUACGCCUGUGCUGUGACCAAGGAAGAAGUCGACGUUCCCUUGGCCGACAAAGAAGUCGUGAGGCUCCUGCUGGAAAACGGAGCUGACGUAAAUUUGCUAUCGAAACACGCUCACGAAACGUGCUUCCAUUACGUUGCGGUUUCCGGAAAUAACGACGUCCUGAUGGCGAUGAUUUCCCAUAUGUCAAACACAGACAUGCAAAAAGCUCUGAAUAAGCAGUCGGCAAUCGGUUGGACCCCACUAUCAAUAGCAUCUCACAAAGGUCACACGGAAUUUGUAAAUAACCUGCUGACGAAUCACGCGAGAGUAGACGUCUUUGACACCGAAGGGCGGUCGGCUCUGCACUUGGCCGCCGAAAAGGGCUUCCUAAAAGUGUGCGAUCUCCUCCUCACGCAUAAAGCGUUUAUCAACUCAAAAUCGCGAGUUGGCCGAACGGCAUUGCAUUUGGCGGCCAUGAAUGGCUAUACACACCUGGUUAAGUUUCUGAUUAAAGACCACAACGCCGUGAUCGAUAUUUUAACUUUGCGUAAACAAACACCGCUGCAUUUGGCGGCAGGUGCCGGCCAAAUCGAGGUAUGUAAAUUACUUCUGGAACUAGGAGCCAAUAUCGAUGCGACCGACGAUAUGGGGCAGAAACCUAUCCAUGCGGCUGCCCAGAAUAACUUCUCGGAGGUGACCCAGUUAUUUCUGCAACAGCAUCCGAGUCUGGUAAUGGCGACGACGAAGGACGGAAAUACGUGUGCGCAUAUUGCGGCAGCUCAAGGUAGCGUUACUGUCAUCGAGGAGCUGAUGAAGUUCGACAGGCAGGGGGUGAUCACCGCCAGAAAUAAGCUGACCGACGCGACGCCCCUGCAAAUAGCCGCGGAAGGUGGACAUUCGGAGGUUGUCAAGGCUUUAGUGAGGGCCGGAGCGUCUUGUACCGAUGAGAACAAGAGCGGAUUUACGGCCGUGCAUUUGGCGGCAAAAAACGGCCACGGGCAGGUUUUGGAGGUUUUAAGGUCGACCAACACUCUUCGGAUAGUCAGUAAAAAGUUGGGGGUGACGGCUUUGCAUAUCGCGGCAUACUUUGGACAGGCUGAUACGGUCCGGGAGCUGCUCACUCACAUACCCGGCACUGUCAAAUCAGAACCGCCGAGCGGCGCGUCCCUAGUGCCAACGCUGGGAAAUGAAUCAGGAAUGACUUCGUUGCAUUUGGCGUCGUUUUCGGGUAACGAAAACGUCGUAAGGUUGCUCUUGAACUCGGCCGGUGUGCAGGUGGAUGCAGCCUCGCACGAAAAUGGUUACAACCCCUUGCAUUUGGCAUGCUUUGGUGGUCACACGACAGUUGUGGGUUUAUUACUAAGUAGAUCCGCCGAACUGCUCGAGAGUCACGAUAAGCACGGUCGACGGGGUCUACACAUAGCGGCGACUCACGGUCACUACCAAAUGGUGGAAGUUUUAUUGGGUCAAGGUGCGGAGAUCAACGCAACGGAUAAGAACGGAUGGACGCCUUUGCAUUAUGCGUCAAGGGCGGGCUGUUUUGACGUCGUAAAAUUACUGACCGAAUCUGGGGCAUCUCCCAAAUCGGAAACGAACCUUGGCGCCGCCCCGAUUUGGUUCGCAGCCUCUGAGGGCCACAACGACGUCCUCGAAUACCUACUAACAAAGGAACACGACACCCACACGCUAAUGGAGGACAGAAGAUUCGUUUACAAUCUCAUGGUCUGCUCCAAAAAUCACAACAACAGGCCCAUGGAGGAAUUCGUCCUCGUUUCACCGGCACCCGUUGAUACCGCCGCUAAACUAUCCAACAUACUCAUCGUACUGUCCAACAAGGAGAAGGAGCGAGCUAAAGAUUUAAUCGCGGCCGGUAAACAUUGCGAGUACAUGGCGACCGAAUUGUUAGCUUUGGCCGCCGGUUCGGAAUCGGCCGGAAGAAUCCUUACGGCCACCGAUCGGCGGAACGUCGAAUUUUUGGACGUACUUAUCGAAAACGAGCAGAAGGAAGUGAUAGCUCAUACGGUCGUUCAGCGAUACCUCCAGGAACUGUGGAGAGGAUCACUGAAUUGGCCUGCAUGGAGAACCGUCUCGUUGUUUUUCGCCUUUAUCAUCUGCCCCCCGCUUUGGGUGGCCCUAACUUUGCCGCUCGGGCACAAAUACAACAAAAUUCCCAUCAUUAAGUUUAUGUCGUACUUAACCUCUCACGUGUACCUCAUGUUAUUUUUACUGAUAGUCGGCGUGACACCCCCAUACGCAGUGGUGCGCGAAAUGUUAAUCCCUUACUGGUACGAAUGGAUCUUAUUAGUGUGGUUAAGUGGACUCUUACUAUUCGAAUUGACUAAUCCUAGCGAUAAAUCGGGACUCGGAUGGAUUAAAAUAUCGGUGCUGCUUUUUGGAAUUUUCGGUGUCGGUACGCACGUGCUGGGAUUUUUUAUUACGCCCAACAGUUGGCCGACGUUGAUGUAUUGCCGAAAUCAGUUAUUUGCGCUAUCGUUCCUGUUGGCAUGCGUGCAAAUAUUGGACUUUCUGUCGUUCCACUACCUGUUUGGACCAUGGGCGAUUAUUAUAGGAAACCUAAUGAAAGAUUUGGCAAGAUUUCUUGCCGUUUUAGCCAUAUUCGUUUUUGGAUUCUCCAUGCACUUCGUCGCGCUGAAUCAGCCCUUUAAGGAUUUGUCAAAUACGGAGGUGAAGCAGCUGCGUAGGCCGCCACCGGGAUACUUUCGUGAAGUGCUUAUGAAUCCAGCAAAAGCAGCUGAAAGGUUGUUGUUCGCCCUUUUUGGACAGUCGAGAAAUACCGAUUUAAUUACAAUGGCACCUCCCGAACGUGCCCAAUUGAGACCAGACUGGACGAAAAUUUUGUUCAAAAUAGCGUUUGCCAUAUAUAUGUUGGUUACCGUGGUUGUUCUUAUUAAACUUCUAAUUGCCACGAUGUCAGACACAUACCAACAAAUUCAGGCCCGAUCUGACGUCCAAUGGAAGUUUGGAUUAAGCAAAUUGAUUAGAAGUAUAGAUCGAACGACGACAGCGCCACCGCCAGUUAAUCUAAUCACAACUUGGCUUUUCUAUUUUGUUAGCGUUUAUAGAACUAGGGCAAAAAAAUCAAUGUACGCAAGCCCAAGAACGAAAGCGAGCGGUAAAUGGCUCGCGAAGUUGCGAAAGCGAAAAGAGAGGACGAGAAGAACGUCACUGACCGUCACAUCUUUAGUGCAGUAUAAAGAUUCCGUCGACCACCAAAAAAGCAUUGUAGCAAUAAUACGUUCGAUUGAAACGGUAACGGAUUGGAACGCAAUAUCGAAAAAGUACAGAUCCCUGAUGGGUCUCACCAGUAUUUCCGAGGUUGAACAUUCCAAAGGGAACGAAAGUGGCAGCGAGCAAAGCGAGGAUGAUUCCUAAAUUAAAAUGUGUUCCAAAAAUGCUUCCAAAACAACUUUAGAACGUGUCUUUACCUAAUGCAAAAAAAACCUAUAUUUAAAUAGCGCUUUUGGUACUUAUACAGAGAAACAGGGUAGGAAAUCUGACGUAGAUCGGAUUUAGACAAGUCUGAAAAUUUAUUAUUAACUGAUCUCAGAGUAAUAUAUCUUGUUGUACAUGGAUUUUUUAUAAUGAAAUUUAAUAUGUGCAACAGUGCCGUAGCAAAUACUAAAUCAUUAUACAAUACAUAACAAGAUCCGACCAAAACGUCUUGCAAAUGCCAUUUUCUGAUCAUUCACAACUUAACUUUAGGUUCAAUACAAAAAUACUUUUCCUUUGAGAAAAACGUCUUUCAUACCUAGCUCAUUUUUGGAGGUAAUAACAAUAGCAAAAUCAUUACAUACCUGCAUGACAAGUCUUCCAUAAAUAUGUUCCGUUUCGCACCUAGAUCAUUUGUACCAAAGAUAAUGUUCACCUAGGCAUUUCGUGCCUUAAACUUUUUGACUCCUAGUUUUAAAUUAGCAUAGGAAAACUGAAGUCAACUAAUACCUAAUUAACGGAGCUGAAAUGCUAAGAGACUAAUUCUUCCCCUGCUUCUCCACGCCGAGGGCUAUUCGGAUGCUACAAAAAUAAUUUACAUAGCUCUACGGCAGCUGGUUUCCUUAUCAGCGGUUAAAACGCCUCUACAAAUUGAAAAAAUAUUUUUACCUUCUAUUUCUCACACCUAGAAGAAAUUAAAUCUGAAAGCUACGGUUUCUUAAUAACGAAGCGCCCAGUUACUGACCCGUAUAUGGUGAUUAAAGAGGGUUCUUAUACGAAACGGGUGCUUCGUUACAAGAAUUGAAGAAUUUUAAGAGCUGUAGAUGAUGAAAGCUGAAGGAUCGGAAGAACUGUUACUGAAUCCAAAGAGCUAAAAAAAAUGCAACUAAUCGAUCAGAAAACUUCUAACAAUAGCACCCGAAGCAUCACAAAGAUUCCGAAGGUCCGCCACGUGAGUGAAUAGCCUCAACAAUCUGACUAGAAUGAAAUCAGAAGAAUUGAUGCAUCCGAUGGAAUUGAGGAAUCCAAAAUAGCUGUUAAAAACCCGAAUUUAAUAGAAUCAUACCUGAAAAUAUGAAAUAAUCAUAGACAUACGGUGUCUUCCCGGGUGGACUAAUCAAAAACUUUUUAUUUGUAAUAAACAAACAACGUAUUUCUUCUAUCACACUUGGUUCUCAAAAAAUUCUCAUUCGGACGACAGAUGCGCCUCCUUCAAACCUUCCACUUUACCACCACAAGUUUUAUCGUGGUGCAAAUUUACCAAUUGCAAAUAGUACAGGGAGCGAACGUCCAUGGUUGCGAAUUUUCCUCGUCGUGGAAUAUUAUGCUGCAAAUUAUCCAUGGUCCGAAUUAUCCGGCUGAGAAUUGUCCAGAUAGGAAUAGUUCGACUGCAAAUUAUCAUGAUACCAAUUGUUCAUGGUGCAAAUUAUCUGAGUAUGAAUUGUCCGGGUGCGAGUUUUCUAUUGUGCAAAUUUAGCUUGGUACGGAUUGUGCAAGAGUGAAUUGUCUUGGUGUGCGUUGCCUAAGUACGAAUUAUACGGUUGCAAAUUAUUCUGGUACGAAUUGUCCGAGUGCGAAUUAUCUAUGGUAGGUAUUCUAUGAUGCGAAUCGUGUUUGAUGGGAAUUAUAUAAGGAGCUAUGGUGCAAAUUGUACGUGGUGUGAAUUAUCCGGGUGAUAAUUAUCAGCGUGCGAAUUGUAAAUGGUGUGAAUUAUUCGAAUGCGAAUAGUCGGGAUGCGAAUUAUCUGAGUAUGAAUCAUCAGAGUGCAAAUGGUAUAUGGUGCGAAUUGCCUAUUGUGCAAAAUUACCAUGUUGCAAAUUGUCUGAGUUAGAAUUUUUUUGGGUUCGAAUUACACGAGUGCGAAAUAUACGGGGGUGGAUGAUUGUUGUACGGAUUAUCCGGGCACAAAUUGUCCAUGAUGGGCAUUCUAUCGUGGGAAUCUUGCUUGAUAAUUGUCCGGAUGCGAAGCAUCUGGGUACGAAUUAUACUUGACCACAAACUUUCCUACAUUUGUUCACAGAAAACAUUUUUGACUAGAAAGUAUAGUGGAGUAAGUCGCAACACCUAAAACCCAAAGCUUUUCAAGAAUACGGAAAUGUUCCUACAAUGUUACCUGUGAUGUCGUUCCUCGCGUUGUUCUCAUUGUUAAUUACUUCCUGAGCACUCAGUCAAAAUUAAUUUAAAGGUAUACGAAAUAGAAACUUCUCCACAGACAUAAUGAUAGAUAUCCAAUUCUUCAUAAAAAAGGUUUGAACUGCACCAACACAUACAUAAUUUGCUCCACCACCGUUACCCAAAGGAAAAUUGUACCCCCAUGCAAAGGUAAACAUUUCAUCUUAUUUAUCUAUAGUAAUUGCUACGCCAC